CGCCAGACGAGCCCGACGAAGAGGCUAAAUCACGAGCGAACGCCAAAUUCUUGGUUAUAUCUAGACUACCAAAAGCACCAAACGUUGUCGACCUCUUCCUGUUGCAGAACAAAUCAAAACCAGGUGUGUCUCAGAAAGGCGUUACAAGUAGAUAUCCGUGAUUGUCUCACUCAUUGUCAUCCAUGCAAUGCAAAACACCGUCGAUGGACUCAAACUCUGACACCCGAGACACGGAAGAAACGACACACAACGACACAGACAUGCCAGGCACAAUGGAUGACUGAUGGCAGCUCAGCGAAGGUGUUGGUUGAGUGAAUGCUGGCUGGGGAAAAGUCUGGACAAAAAAGUCAGUAAACAAAGUAGGCAAGCCAGCUCAGACGGACGACACGCGCCAGGUGAAUCACAUCCACAUGUGUGCAUAAAGUCACACUGAGAAUGAAAGGACAUACCUUACUGCACAACCGCGUCCGGAUCACUUGUACAUAAACUGCACAACCAGUUCUGGUCCACUAUUGGUGACUUUGAUAGAAGAUCCAAUAGUGGGUAACACUUGUGCAUCUCACUCCGCAGCAUGUCGUUGAACACCGCUCGCUCGCCGGCGUCAGUGAGGAUGGGCUCGAUGCACUCGGCCGCCUCAGCCCCAAGUAGCCAGCAGCCGUCUCGAGAAUCGUCAUGUAGCUUUUCGUCUCUCCCAACGAUACGGUUUCCCGAUACGCGUAGAUGUAACGACAAGUGUAUGGACAGCCAUCUUGGCCAGCGCCUGAAUCACCUCCCCUUUCUUCUGUUUGACGCCUUCAGGCAGCCGGAUGUCGUCUUGGUCGACGUUGAUGCCAAAGUAGCGGAGCUCACGCAGCACAGCCUUCUUGUUGACCGAUGCCUCCACAUAAAUGGGCAGGCCGUGGCGGUGGAAGUCCAGCACAUAUGGGAAUGAACAUCUCAGACACAGACGACACAACAGAAGGACACAAGCAGCCUCUCACGCGGCACGUCAUUAUUGCCUUCCCUGAUGCACGUGCGUUACCGACAGGUCCUGUUGGAUGCACUGAUACUCGGCAGUGUUCUCGUUGGCGACCAGCUGGCCCAGCAAUGUCUGUGGGUGCCGCUCGAUGGUCGUCCAGGUCACGUGGACCGUCUGGCCGCCGACAUCAAGUCGAAUGGGAGUCGUCAUUGCGACACGCACGCACACCUGCAGCACGACAGGCAACAGAGGCACACAUGAAUGUGGGCGAAACGCGCUGAUCUUUGUCUGAGCUUCGUUCCCCCUUUCUAUCUCACCCUGAGAGUAGCUAGGAGAACGAUGGAUGGGCCAAAUGGGCCACAGCAAUUGGGCCACAGGGUCCUCACUGGAGAUGCUGCAAAGAACAGCAGCAGAGCGAUAGCUGAUGAAUCCUCAAGCAUGCUACCUGCAGAACUUCGAGUCCCUGACCUUCCUGGAUGCUCAGAUGGACAGAUCAACAAGCAGAUCAGAAGCUACUGAUCAAAGGACAUGAACACGCGAGGGUCAUCCGUGCCCCUCGUUGCCCCUCUAGCGUACAGGAAGGCGAGGACUCGGAAAUACAAAUGCAUCAUUCCUUCGCGUGCGCUCCAGGGUUUCGGUCCC